UGCAGUGAAUGCAUGAAACGUAAUUAUGAAUGCGUUUAUUCUGUUCAACAAAAAAGACGUGGGCCAAAAUUAAAGAAAGACAGUACAAAUAAUGAAAAAUCUGUCGCACCUAAUAACGAUUCUUCUCGUAAUGAACAUCAAGUUGACGAAUUGUUUCGUGGGCUAUCACAGGAGGAAAUAAAGCUCGUUUCCAACUUGUUUAACUCGGAACAGUUACCUCAUAUGUUAGAUAUUCUCACCUCUACUUCAUCAUUGCCAUGUCCAUAUGAAAAUAUUGAAG